GACUAGAGCGGCGAGAUGCAAUCAGCGCCUGCGGAGGGAAGCCCCGAGACCGCCACUCCCGGCCGCGGAGCAGCUGAGGCGGCGGCCUCCUCGGUCCCCGGCGCCGUGGGCAUCCAGUUCCCGCCGGGCACCUUCGAAUUGCUGCGGGGCUGCACGGCGGAGGUGCUGCGGCACCGGCCGGACGACCCGCUUAGCUUCACCGCCGACUACUUCGCCCGCCUGAGGCAUGCCCGCGACCAGGAGGCGGCCGGCGGCGGCCGCAGGAUCGUCGGUUUCGGCGGGCACCCCAGACAGAACGAGUCCAAAAGCGAUGACGAGACCGACUGCGGAGACGAGGACUCCGACUUGGAGCCUCCCAUUGUUAAUCGAUACAACAGAAGAGUAUCAGUUUCUGCUGAACCUUUCAAUCCAGAUGAAGAGGAAGAAGGUGCAGAAAAAAGAGUAGUUCAUCCAAAAACUGAUGAACAGAGAUGCAGACUGCAGGAAGCAUGUAAAGAUAUCCUACUCUUCAAAAACCUAGAUCAGGAGCAGCUGUUUCAGGUCCUUGAUGCCAUGUUUGAGAAGAAGGUAAAACCUCAGGAACAUGUGAUUGACCAAGGGGAUGAUGGAGACAACUUCUAUGUCAUUGAGCAGGGACGGUAUGAUAUUGUUGUAGCAAAAGACAACGUGUCGUGCUGUGUGGGCCACUAUGAUGAUCACGGCAGUUUUGGGGAACUGGCGUUGAUGUACAAUACUCCUCGAGCUGCCACCAUUGUUGCCACAACAGAAGGAGCCCUUUGGGGACUGGAUCGAGGGACAUUCAGAAGGAUUAUAUUGAAGAACAACGCAAAGAAGAGGAAGACAUAUGAAUCAUUUAUUGAGUCUGUGCCCCUUCUUAAAUUCUUGGAGGCAUCAGAGCGGAUGAAGAUAGUGGACGUCAUAGGGGAGAAAGUGUAUCAAGAUGGGGAAUGCAUACUUUCUCAGGGCGACAUAGCUGACUGUUUUUAUAUUGUAGAGUCUGGAGAAGUAAGAAUCUUGAUGAAAAGCAAGACUAUGACAGGUAAAGAAGCUAACCAAGAAGUGGAGAUUACCCGAUAUGGCAGAGGGCAGUAUUUUGGAGAGCUUGCACUUGUUACCAACCAACCCAGAGCAGCCUCUGCUUAUGCUGUUGGGAAGGUCAAAUGUUUAGUCAUGGAUGUGCAAGCAUUUGAGAGGUUGCUUGGGCCCUGCAUGGACAUCAUGAAGAGGAAUAUAACACAUUACGAGGAGCAGCUGGUAGCAAUAUUUGGCUCUAGCAUGGACCUGAAGGAUUCAGGGAAUUAGGCACAGGGUACUUCAAUGCAUUCUUAGUUCAAGACACAGAAAAGCCUCCUAUCAGCAACACAACUCACCAGGAAAACGGACACUACGGAAUAGUUACUGCUGCUGUUUUGGGCAUUUUAGAAACCACAAACAAGUCUCAGCACAGAUGACUUGCUCAGUCCCUGCCUCCACUUUGUUGCUGAUACUUCAUUAUUAGACCUAGAUUAAAGUUUCUAACCUUGUGUUCACUUGGCUUAGAAUGGCACCUGUUCACAUGCCUGAUAUGAAACCCAAAGCGUGUGAGAUGUAGAAGCCUCCUUCCUUCCAGUGUUAGUGUUGGGAUACACUUUCAGACAAGAUUCUGUAGUGGGAUGUUGCCUGUUCUGCAGAGGCAACCUGUGGAAUACGAGCCUUUUACAGGAUUAUUACUGUCCUCUGAUGCUUUCCUUACACAAAGUCAAGCUUGUUUUUAAUUGUAGCAUCUGGGUUUGAAGUAUCAAUGAAGCCCAUUAAAAAAUGUGGCUCUGAAGUUUUCUUCCACCUGCUGAAAGCAGCAGGUACUAUAGCUCUUUAAGCCAAGUAAACCCUGCUGGGGAACACAGACUUACAGAAUGUAGGAAGGGACCUCUGGAGAUCAUAGAGUCCCAACCCCCCUGUCAAAGCAAGACCACCUACAGCAGGCCACACAGAAAUGCAUCCAGGCAGGUUUUCAAAGUCUACAGUGAAGGAGACUCCACAACCUCUCUGGGCAGCCUGUCCCAACAUGGGAGAGUCUGUUUAGCAACAAAAUGCAGAAAAUACAGCAUUCCUCUCUUUUAAGUGCUUUCUGAGCCACAAAGAAAAUUGCUUUACUCUAGGCUGCCCAAAAAAGUGCAGUGGUUCAGAUCAAAUGGCCUGAAGGUGUCAUUAUUUCCUUCUUGUUCCUGACACUUAAGUACAUUUUAUUGUGGUGUGAUCGCAAUAUAUGACCUGCUUUAGCUUACAGAGAUUCUCUAUACUGUUAUUGACUGGGUCAGUUUUAAAGCUUUUUAUGAAGGUGAAUGUUUUGUAAUUUAAAGGAAGACUACUUCUGUACUUGUUUACAGGAGCUUCCCCCAGUCCUAAAAUUUCACAGUAUUUUAACUUCAUUAGACACUUGGAGGCUUCCAAAUUCCAAACUUUUGGAAAAAAAAGUUGGCAACAUUUGACUUUGUAAAGCAGAUGUCUUUGCUAUUCUGCAGUUGGUGUGUUUGAGGAGUCAUUUUGUUUUAGGUGAUAACUAAGCUAAUGCUUGUCUAAAAUACCUGUUAAAUUUGUAGCACUGAUUUAGGUAGAUUCUAUUUCUACAGAUUAAAUGACCCUAAUCGGAUUACUGCUGAGAUUGUAUCAGAGUAUUAUCUAAAGAAUCAGAGCAUAAGAAGGACCUUUUUAUGGGGUACAAACAGAAUAUUUAUAUUAAGACACUGAAUUUGUAGGUAAUAAAUCUAAUGACCUGUUACA